UACAGUUUAAAGGAAGGAACAAUCCCGUUGGUACAGCACAGAGCAGCAGGAAGGUGUCGGUGCAAAGCUUUUUAGCAAACAUGGCCGGCACACAAGCUCCAGAUGCAGAUGACCUCCACCUGAGGUUGGUGCUGCUUGGGAAAGCUGGAGUAGGGAAGAGUGCAGCUGGAAACACCAUCUUAGGAAGAGAAGCUUUUCAGUCUUUUUCUUCUUUUUCUUCUGUAACAUUGGAGUGUCAGAAAGAAACAACCCGGGUGGAUGGUCAUACACUGACUGUAGUUGAUACUCCAGGUCUGUUUGACACCACCCUGUCUGAAGAUGAGGUGGUUACACAGAUUGUUAGAUGCAUCACCUUUGCUGCUCCUGGUCCUCACGUGUUCCUGGUUGUGAUCCAGUCGACCAGAUUCACAAGUGAAGAAGAAGAAACGAUUAAAAUCCUUCAGAAGAUGUUUGGAGAAGAUGCAGCACGUUACAUUAUGGUCUUGUUCACGUAUGGAGACAAUCUGCAAAACGGAGUCGACAUCGACAAAUCAAUCAGUGGAAAUCGGGCUCUGCAUCGCUUCAUCCGCCAGUGUGGAGGAAGAUAUCACGUUUUUAACAACAAGAGUGAGGAUCGCUGUCAGGUCAAAGAGCUGCUGGAGAAGAUCAACACCAUGGUUAAGAAAAAUGGAGGAACACACUACACCAAUGAUAUGCUGCAGGAGGCUGAGAAAGCCAUCAGAGAAGAGAUGGAACGGCUUCAGACAGAAAAUCCAGAGAUAGCAGAAGAAGAAGCAAGAAGACGGGCGGAGAAUAAAAAUAAGGUCCUGAAGGCUGCUGGGAUAGGAGCAGGUGUUGGAUUUUUAUUAGGACCAGUGGGAUCGGCUCUGGGAGCAGCAGUGGGAGUUGCGGUUGUAGCAGUGAAACAAAGAGAAUGUGUUAUACUGUGAAAAAUGUUGAUAUUUAAUCACAAUUUCAGAAUUUUCUGUGAGUUCUUUACAACAAGGUUACUCGGUGCAUUUGGGAGAUGAUGGGCAUCAUUAUUAGUGAUUGCUAGUUUUCAGAUGACUGUCUGCAGUGCUCCUGAUCUCAAUAUGUAUGUUUUUAAUGUAGUUGUAUUUCUUAUGUGUCAAAGGUACAGAAAAUAUUCUAUUUUACAUUUUUGAUUUCUGUAAAUGUAAUUGCAAAUUAAUUCAGUCUCACACAAACAGGUCACAGAGACACAGAUGGUGAUAUUAAAUUUCUUUCAGGUCUUUGA